UCCUGUCCCCAAAUAGUCCAUAUGAUGAUGGAGAUGGACCCCUAAAGAUUCUUUUUCCCUAGAAACAAACACUAGUACAACAGCUAGGAAGUUCCCUUCACAAUUUCCUCACACAAAAACAGAACACAUUGAAGAGCAAAAAGCCAAAAAACCUCAUCUCCCUUUUACCUUACCUUUUGAUCCCUCCAGAAAGCUCACUGCCUUCAUCCCUCCUUAAGCUCCCAUGGAUUUUUCCAAACUUGAACGGCAACCUCCUCACUACUACGCUCCUAUACCAUGUCAACACGAUCGAAACUACAACGUUUUACCCUUUUGCCGCCCAACCAUCCGCCGUCCUCUUUGGCGCAUAAUCAUCACCACCGUCUUUUUCCUCCUCCUGGCUGCUCUCCUCUUCCUCUUCUGGCCCUCCGAUCCGUCCCUCAAGAUCGUCCGGUUGCAUCUAAACAAAUUACACGUCCACACCUUGCCCGUAAUCAGCAUUGACGUAUCACUGCACCUCACUGUAAAAGUACGUAAUGUGGAUGUGUACUCCAUGGAUUUUAGGCACAUCGAUGUGGCUCUCAAGUAUAGAGGGAAGAGGCUGGGGAAGGUAAGAUCAGGGCAAGGGCACGUGAGAGCCCUAAAAUCAUCCUGCGUAGAUGCUGUGAUGGAGUUCAGUGGGGUCAGGAUUCUGUCUGACGUGAUGUCCUUGCUUGAGGACUUGGCUAGGGGCAAGGUGCCCUUGGAUACUGCUACAGUGUUCACUGGCAAGCUUGGUUUGUUGUUCUUUGAGUACCCUUUGAAGGCAAAAAUGUCAUGUCAACUUUUGGUGAACACAAACAACCAGUCAAUACUUCAUCAAAAUUGUUUCUCUGAGAAUAAGUAGUGAAGUUAUGGCAAUGAGGGAGGUGUAUGCACCAGAAGCUAAGUGGAUAUGUCUCUACAACCCUUCAUUUGUACAUAAGAAGGAUUGGGUAUGAAAAACUUAAAACAUGCGUGUAAGAUGUUAUCUAUCAAAAUUCAGCUGCAGAUAUUUAUAUAUGCCUGUUUCUUCUAUCUUUGUAUUUAAUUAAUUCUAUGUCAUAUUAUUAGGCACUGGUGGAAAUGUAAUGUAAUCGGGUGUGUAUUUUACCAUCUAGUUAUUAUUUAGGAUACAUAUGUGUGUUUGUGUGUACACCGUGAUAAUCCCUCUAUUUAUAAGUCAUCAUUCCAAUU